GCGACGCCCUAACUAACCCCCGACAACAACAGUACAUCGCCGCCAACAUGCGUACUUUCGACGAUACCUUCUCUGGCCAGAAGAUCUACCCUGGAAAGGGCAAGCUCUUCGUCCGCUCCGACAGCAAGAUCUUCCGCUUCCAGAACGGCAAGACCGAGUCUCUCUUCCUCCAGCGCAAGAACCCUCGUCGCAUUGCAUGGACCGUCCUCUGCAGACGCGCGCGGAGAAAGGGUAUUUCUGAGGAGCAAGCCAAGAGCCGCCGCCGCAAGCAAGUCAAGGCCCAGCGUGCCGUCGUUGGUGCUUCCCUCGAUGUCAUCAAGGAGCGCCGUUCUCAGAGGCCCGAGGCCCGCACUGCUGCCCGCGCAGAGGCUAUCAAGGCUGGCAAGGAGAAGCGCUCCGCCGCCCAGAGCGUGAAGAAGGCCGAGAAGGCCAAGACUGCCGCUGCCCAUAGCACCGGACGUGUCGUUGGCAAGCAGGGAGCAAAGGGUGCCGCACCAAAGGUCAAGGCCACCACCCGCUAAGUUCAAGUGGCAGUGGUUGAUGUCUUCUGGUGAGCAUGGGGAUGCAUUGGGAUCAUGAAAAGAGGUCCCCGAGACAUGGCAAUGCUGCGAACAGCUGCGGCUGGAAUGAAAGCAGCGGAGUUUUAGGCUUGAUAAUUGCACCAACGAGGCUUUUCCUGUGCUGCCCCCUCCACUGACGCAAUCGCAUUUUGUACUUGAGCAUGUACGGCACGGGUCCAAGAGGGUCGACAACACAGAUUCUGUACAAGUGA